AUGCAGUCGACGCUUAUUACCUUAUACUUUUUAGGUUUCUCAAAUGCCUUUAUCAUUUACUUUCGAGAUUUGCCAGCUGGUGGAAAACAACUGAAUGAUGUUGGUGAUCCAUUAUCGAUAUUCAUUUCUCGAAGCACAGAUCGAGAUUCUGAUUUGAAGCAGAUUCAGUUCAAUUCUCUGAAAAAUGCCUAUGACGUUUCAGUAGAAUUUCAAAAGAAUGAUUCUUAUUUGCUUUUGCCUUGGAAUCCUGACGGCUCGAUUACGGUAACCACAUCGUUAUCAAGCAACGCUUUAAGCGCAAUGAACGGAUUCAUUUACUAUGAGAAAAAGAGUCUUGCAGACACUUUUUAUGUGUAUGAUGUUCAAAACUCUAGUUCGCUUCUUCUUAAAGAAUCUUCAACGGUGUUGUUUUUGAAUUCAAUUCCAGGCAACGCUGUGGAACUUUCCAAAAUUACACAGACUGAUACAUCGCUUUUUCUCGUUUAUCCAGGAAUUCCUCAAGCGACUCAACCGAAUAUCAUCGAUGCCAUUUUUUCAAAUCCUUCAAAAUUUUCCGAUGGAACCAAAAAAUUUUUCAUGCACAUUGAGCCAUUAUUUUUUGGAUUGGACAGUUUAUACGUGAAAACAAACGGACAAGUGGCGUUCCAAUUCGAGACAAAGGCAGAUCCUAGUCUCCAAGUCACAGCCUCUUAUACUACUACUGGAUUCGUGAUGAAUGCGAGAGACACCGCCAAAACCGUUUCAGUUAUUAAUAGAAAUGGCAAAGUGUCUGGAACCACACGAGUAAAAAUGAUAAAUCGAAUGGGAGCCGAUGUUGCCCUCUCAAUUUCGUAUGGAAAGACUGGUUUAACUAAUAAAGUAUUUUACUCGAAUAAUACUUAUGAUAGUUGGAUGAUUGACGAAAUCGCUAAUAAAUUAAAUAUUCGAACAAAUGGAAUUGGAGACGGAAAUUAUUAUUACCUUCAAUACUACGUUGAAGGUGAGAAUUAA